AUGGCUGAACGAAUUGAACAAGCAACGCCCGAAACUUACCGCAGUGACUACCCUUUAGUGGUAAACGAUGGUAUGAACGAUCGCUCAUUUAUCGAAGCUACCAUGAACUGUGAUCGCCUUGUGAAUCGUUUGGAAUCGAUGAAUUUCUUACGGGAUGUCGCUUUAAAACUCGGCCCAGAAAAUACUCGUAAACACUUAGUACCAUACCUUACUCAUCUUAUAAUUGCUGAAAAAUUGUCGGAAUUGAAGAAUUUAGCCGAAGUUCUUGGCGAAUUUGAAUAUUUUGUGGGAGGACCAAAAUAUGCACACAUUUUGCUGCUACCCUUAGAAGAAUUGGCUGGUGCUAAACUUGGUGGUGUAAGAAUGGCAGCCAUCAAAUCAUUGCAAACAUUGGCUGAUAUUAUGGAAGUAAUCGAUUUGGAAAACUAUUUUAUACCUUUAAUUGCUAGUUUGACGAUGAAUGAUAAAUGUACUAAACGUUGUUCUGUCAGUCAUCUUUUCACUACGGUGUAUAUGCGUGUCAGUCCAAAACAUCAAAGUGACUUAAUGGACUAUCAUUGUUUCUUAAGUUUGGACGUGUUACCUUCUGUUCGUCAAAAUGCAGCAAACAACUUGGUUGAUUUCAGCGAAGUUGUUCAUAUGUCAAUUUUUGACAGUAAAUUAACUCCACGUUUGGAACAAUUUAGUUUUGACCAAAAUGAACAUGUUAGAAUUUUGGCUUUAUCAAUAGCAAUAACAAUUUCAAAAAAAUUUGAUGUCUCUUAUACUAAACAGAUGAUCCUUCCUAUUGUAUUGAAUUCAAUAAAUGACCCUUCGUGUGAAGUACGCUCAAUUCUCAUCAAGAAUAUUGCAAAGUUGCUUGAAAUUGGUGUAAGUUGCUUAAAGCUUACUGAAAAUAUAAUGAAAGUACUCAUUUCUUUAACAAAAGACCAACAAAUAGAAGUUCGAUUACAGUCUGUCAGUGUUCUUUAUGAUUGUACCGUUGUCCUUUAUGAAAAUUUGACUUACACAGAAGCUACUAAAUUGGUAACCAAAUUUUUAAUUCCAACUUUAUGCGACCUAAGUCAUGAUUCUGAUGUGAAAUGUAAACUGGAGGUCCCAGCUGUUUUGGCAAAAUUCGGAAAAAUAAUGCCUAAUGUAGUAAUUUGAUAGUACUGCCAGAAGAUCGAUUAAUAUGUUGUUUGAAAGCACUUAUUAUAAAUGAUUCGUGGAAAAUGCGAAACACUGGUGCAAUUUAUUUAUAUAUAUUGACAAUCCAGAAGGGUCUCAAAUUUUUUGAAGACUAUUUAGAACAGUCAUUUUUAAUACUGUUAACUGACACAAAAUCAUCUGUUCAGAAAACUGCAUUCGAUAUAUUUAAACAAUUAGUUACAGAAUUUGGAAUGGAUUGGGCUCAAAAAUAUAUAGUGCCAUACCUAACAAAACUAUCUUACUCAAGAAAUACCUAUAAUAAGAUGGCAUUUUUAUCAUUUGCCAAAGUAUGUGCAACAAUAAUGUGUAUACAAUUUAGAGCAUUAAACAUUAAUAUGAGAGAGAAUGCAGUGGAAUAAUGAUUUGUUGGAUUCUUAAUAACCGAAUGUUCUAUGAUUAGAUGUUAGCCAUUAGAUAUUUCCUUAAUAUUAAAAAACUGACUUAUAUGAUGGAUUCUUAAAAGUAAAGUUACAAAAACUUUGAAUUACUUGAAUUAUUAAAAUUUUUUUGAAAUUUGUGAUCAAUUGAUGUUAAACAAGCUCUCCCUCAUGUUGUGUUCCAUCAGUCUGACGAAAAUCCAAAUGUUCGCUAUGCUUUAGUCUAAACAUUGAAUGUAAUGA